AGUGUAGUGGUGCUGUCUACCUCUCAAGGUUGUUUGGUACGGAGUGCAUAUGUCUAAAAGAGAACUCUCAAGUGGUAGCCUGAAUAUAGAUUGCCACUAAAGAUUCUUAAACUUAUAGAGUGCUUUGGUAAGUAUAGUUUUACAGUUCUUUAUACAUGUUUUGUGCACAUUUUUUUACCCUACCCUAAAAGCGCUAACACCAAACUAUACUGCAAACUGUGCGGUUUGUAUGACCAGAUCUAACAUAGGUGUGCAUGUGUAACGUAGGGUUGUUGUCUUUUGAAGAGGCAGAAAUAUUUGGAUAUUUUGGUGACUAACGAGGGGUUAGCUGCUCUGAGGUUCCCCCCACAGAUGAGGGUAGAAAGAAUCCUUUAGUUCAUGCACAGAUACUGAAGUCUAGACUAAGUGGCAGUGAUUGUAAUAACCCCAAAUAGUUGAUAAUGACAGUAUUAAAGUAAAGGAUGCAUGAUAGUUAUCGGUAAUUGGGGGACAUUAUAUUGUGUAUUAUUAACAACAAUGGAAUUAUGGCCAAUUAUACAAAGCCAAAUUGCUUCAAAGUAAACGAGAUCUACGACUAAGCUAUGCAAUAAGAGAAAACCAUUGAAUAUGAUUCUUAACUUUUGAGUUAUAACACUAUUUCACAUCCUAUAAUUACAUAUCAUUUCUGCAUUGCGGCAAAGAGUGCACUUUUGCUUAGGCGGAUGCCGUCUUGUUGGUAAUAAGAGCAAGAAAUCGGGCGUUUUUAAGUCUUAUUUUAACUUCCUUUGUCACUGGUUUCGCUUCAGUACAUACGAGCCGGUUUGCAGUCUCGUUUGGGAUUCAGGGUGCAGAGAAAAUUAACCGUAGAAAACUUUAAAAGCCUUAAUCGUUUGUCUUUGGCUUCCAACGUCAGUGUUUCUCAGUCUUGGUGUGUGUUGUUGUGAAGUCCCGUUGAUGUCAUUAGAGAUUUCAUGUAAUAGUUGCUCAUUAAGAGAUUGAGAAACACUGUUUUUAAAACACAAUUUAUACAGUUUCAAAAUAUGAUGUCUUAUACUUACAUUUAAGAACAUAUCUUAGCAAAAAUAGAAAUAUCUUAUGUUCCAGUACUAUAAGGUAAGGGUGUGUGUAUGAGACGUGAACAUAAGAUGGCCAGUAUGCUUUAAACUUCUAUUUGAAUGUAUGAAGUGUGUUUAGUGUGAAAUACCAGCAGCUGACGGUCGUACAUCUCUCUCGUGUCUUUGUCUCCUCUGCAGUUUGCAUCUCACCACCUUCUGCCUGCAGUACAGACCCACUGUGGUCGCCUGCGUCUGCAUCCACCUGGCCUGCAAGUGGUCCAACUGGGAGAUCCCCGUGUCCACAGACAGCAAACACUGGUGGGAGUACGUGGAUCGCAGCGUCACGCUCCAGCUGCUGGACGAGCUCACACACGAGUUUCUUCAGAUCCUUGAAAAGACGCCCAGCAAACUGAAGAGGAUACGAAACUGGAGGGCUAUUCAAGCAGCUAAGAAGCCAAAGUCGGAUGGCUCUUCUGUGGACAGUGUGUACCAGGGGACGUCCUUAGAUGGCCUUCCCGGGGUCAGCAACUCCUUCUUCCCCUCCACUUCCUCAGACUCUUCAGACAUGCCGUCCCUCAACAACAUCGCAGCCUCCUACGCCUCCUACCAGCCGCUGAGCGACGAGUCAAAGAGCUGCGGAUACGACAACUUCCCCGAGCCGGACUUCACGCUGGUGAAACACGAACACAAAGCUGCCGGCGGCUCCAGCAGCAAACAGCAGCCGCUCAAUGCAAACGCUGCCACUUUUUCACGGCCGCAGAAAGUGUUGACUCUGGAAAAGUACCGAGAGAAACACGCGGCGACGGACGUGACCUCGCAGAACGGCGUAAAGGACGAGUCGAACACGGACAUGUACAUACCUCCCCAAACCUCCUCGCACCACCACAAGAAGCGCUCCCAGCAGGCGGGGCAGUCGGGCGACGGCAGGAGAGAGAAGAGCAGCUCGAAAAAGGCUCGGCUGCCUCACUCUUUAGCGGAAAACGGCUCGGCAACGGGCGAAGAGCUCAAGAUGAGAAUCAAAGUUUCGUCGGAGCGUCACGGCGGCUCGGAGCCAGGCGGUAAAGACAAGCACAAAGAGCAUCACCGCCACUCGAAACACGGCCACUCGAAUCCUUACGCCCUCAGUGGGAACGCCCGGGGGACAAUAGACAGCGCCUCGUUAUCGAUAAGAGCUCCUGACGGGGCCUCCUCUUCCUCCCGUAAAAGACCUCACUCUGAAGCCGGAAACCACCACCACCAUUCGUCCAAGAGCCGGAGCUCCAAAGCAGGUUCGGCCCAUUUCUCGUCAGAAGGAGGCCAGAGGAUGAUGGAGCAUCACGGCCACGACGGCACCAACGGCAUGCUGACCACAAACGGCCAACACACCGACUACAAAGACACUUUCGACAUGCUGGACUCUUUACUAAGUGCCCAAGGAAUGAACUUGUAACCCUCGGAGUCCGCAGUGUUGUCUAGAAUAAGGUAUUGCCAUGUUUAAUAGAAAUUUUAAAGAAUUUAUUUGUCUUAAGUUAUCUGCAUCUCCCUCAGUCGUGUCUACACACUGAUGAAAAAGUAAAAUCUUAUGCAUAGAGCUGUGUACUACUAGCUUGCAAAAAAAAAAAGUUUUAAAGAAUUACGGCUGAAAUUUUAAACAUUCUUUUAACGCGAGCUGACAUUAUGAUUUUCGUGCAUGUUUCUAAGUCACACAAGGGAAGCUAGUGUUCGCAGCCAUCGUGACAGUUUACAAACGGUCCUUUCUUUCCUUUCCCGUAUGUUGAAGACGUUUUGUUCCACUGAAAAUCUCAGGUCUUGAACUUUUUUGAUAUAAGAACGAAUCUUCCUCUGUUUGGGUUUGUUCCCUGUACCUGUGGAGAUGUAUCUCCUCGUCCGUUUGCUGACGACGGCGGCAGCACCUCGUGUGUCUGUCUCUCCCCCAGUUUCCACCGUCUGCGAAAACAUGGUCUGCUUACUUUUCAAAGAGUGCAUCAAUAGCUCAAAAAAAUAAACGAAAAACAAACAUGUCUAUUUGCUGUUUAUCGGGACUCCUAAGGCCGCACCUGAACUUAAUGUGCAGACUCAUUAUAGAGCCACAAAUGAAGUUUACGUUACAGCUGCUGUGAAAGUGCAUUUAAGAUAUACAGACUAAAAAUGACAGAAAGGGCCUUGUGAUUGUACCUUGUCAAUCGCUAUACAGUAUGAUAAAUGUUAUUAACUUCCAGAAAAUCUCUAAAAUAAGAAUGUGUAAAUAGGACUAGUUAUUGCAUCAGUCCAGACCUUCCUCAUUCAGUGUGUCACGGGAUCUAAAGCAGACUCUGUAUUGAUGAACAUAUCCUCGAUUUGUGUAUUGGGAGCCCAAAUAAAGGUGUAAAAGUGA